AUGUGCUCUGAGUGGAACGCCUUAGUUCUCAUCGAUGAAGCCGAUAUUUUCAUUGAGGCUAGGAACUCCAGCGAACUGCAGAGAAAUGCGGUCGUUUGCGUAAUGCUUCGAUUAUUGGAGUACUACAAUGGAGGACUCUUUUUGACGACAAACCGAGUAGGCAACGUCGAUCCAGCGGUGAGUAGUCGUAUCACCGUCAUGCUUGGCUAUGAUCCUCUGAACGCUGAAGGACGAGAAAAGGUGUGGCGUAAUCUGUUGGGGACAAGCGCAUCGGAGAAGAUAAAGGUACUUCGUACUCCUAUUUGGAAGUUUAGUACUCUACUAAUAUGUCUUGUUUGUGUUUCUUACGAUCCAUGACCUUCUCGAGCGUCAAGGUCACUACAACAUUUCUCGACACAAGACCUCAUCAUCAUCAUGAUUCAUACACAAUUAUACUCAAAAUCAACAAUUAUACUCAAAAUCAAAUCCUCAUGCCAUUUCUUUCAACUCCCAGCAUCAUUAGGAACACCCCCACAGGCAUUAACCAAAGACGAGUAUCGGCACUUGGCAUCGUACGUACUCAACGGGCGACAGAUCAAGAAUUCGAUCCUUCUCGGCAAGGCCCUGUCAAAGGAACGCGGUGAUUAUGAGGAACUACAUAGAUUCAGAUUAUGCAGUACCAGUAGCACCCGCUAGCCGUAGAGAUAGAUUAAGAUUAUGCACUUGUACCAGUAGCACCCGCUAGCCGUAGAGAUAGAUUAAGAUUAUGCACUUGUACCAGUAGGACCCGCUAGCCGUAGAAGCUCUAACCUCCGCCACUGAGCCUAGUCACCUUGGAGCGUGCAGUCAGAGCUGUCGCUGGCGAGCGCGAAGCAGCCGAGACGCGCACAGAGAGGAUUCAUAGCAGAGAAUCGCCGAGUGCUUGGGGAUCUUCAGGGGUUGUCAAUUUUCCAGCAGCUGGCCGACUGACAAUGAGUCCUUUGGAGGGGUCUUUUGCACCGCAUUGAUCUUUCAAUCCAACGUAACAAACUGUCAUCAUCACUACCGCUCCUAGUCUGAUUGAUAAUAGUUCCCUUCUUCUACAACAUGUUGUACAUCAAGAAAAUGGUCGACAAAUAACUGAUUGACUCCUUUUUUAACCGUGUUAUUUCUUGUUCAGUUCAUCGAUCACCAGAUUUUUGUCAGCGUCAAAGAUAGUACUAGCAGUUGUGAUAUCUGAAUCUGAUUCAUGUCGCAAAAAACCAGCAAGAACAAUCUGUCCGUUGCCAAAUUUCGUAGAAAUUGAAACACUCCUUGCCUGAAAAUGCCGUCAUCCUCAACUUUUAAAUUUUCAAUUUUUCUGAUGCCAAACCAAUAUAGCUGCGUUGACGCGACUGACAUUGCUCUAUCUAGAAGUAGGGAGGAUAAGCUCAUGAUGUUGGCUUGAUGCAUUAUAUAUAUAUCCUUCCUGUGAGACAUAUAUUCUUGUAGCCAUUGUGAUUGUCAACGAGAGGAAGACGUCAGAUGAGGUUUACUCGUACAACUGAGUGAAUGUGCAAGACUCCAAAGUGUGGGAUCAUUUUCCAGAGCUUAAUGAAUUGAAGAAGGAUCUAACAAAAAGUGAAUAUGGUCUUGAUCGUCUUCGUCUUCGUAUCAAAAUAUAAUCAGUAUUAGAUCUUCAACAACAUGAAGGAGG